AUGGGGGCAGGGCUGGAUGUUGCUGAUCCAUUAGCUGCACCUGUUGAAACACCAGCUCCUGCUUUUUCAUCACCUGCUUUUUCAUCACCUGCGCCUCAGGUACCAGCUUCUUCAGAGAGACUAGCGACAAACUCUCCUCCAACUGAAACAAGGACAAGUCCCAGUGUGGCAAAUAAUGAUGCAUCAGUAGAAAAUAUGUGUGAAAACUACAUUGGAACGUUGCAUCAAUUCUGCCAGAAAAGAAAAAAGACAUUGUCCUUUUUGGGAGAUUCCAGUGGACUACCCCAUCUUAGGAUAUUUACAGCACAAGCUCUAAUUGAUGGGGAAAAGUAUGGAAAGGGAGAAGGUAGAACUAAGAAAAUUGCUGAAAACUUAGCAGCCAGAAUGACCUUGCUAUCACUUCAAGAGAAUUCAAACCCACCAACCGUUUCUGCUCCUGUAGUGGCAACACCUGCACCUCAGCUACCAGAGAGACAAGCAACACAUUCUGGUCCAGUUGAUACACAGGCAAGUUCCGGUGCAGCAAACAUGAUUGAUCACAACUACAUUGGAACGUUAAAUGAGUUCUGCCAGAAAAAAACCAAGUUAUGCAUUUUUUUGGAGAAAUUCAGUAGCCCACUUAUGAAAUUUACUUGUAGUGUACAAAUUGAUGACCACGUUUUUCCAGAAGCUACGGGGAAUACUAAAAAGGAAGCAAAAAAGAUGGCUGCCUAUUUGGCAUUGAAAGAUCUCCGAAAGCACAACCCUUAUGAUAUUGUGAUGUCUGCACUCGAUUAUUCUUACAAUGGGGGAUCUGGUUCUGAAAACUCUUCAGUUUCAGGAAGUGGUGAUGUUAGUCAUGACAAGAGAAGCACAGAAAAUGAGUCAUCAGUACCCUUGACAGAAACAGAUUCUGAGGCCCCCAACAGGCCCCCAACACGAAAAGUUGAAUUGGCAGCGAACUUCAUGAAUGAGAAACAGGAGUGUAAUCUAUACACAGAAGAUGAAAUCUUUCGUAAACAGUUUGAGAACAUAAUAAUUCUUGGCUCUGGUGCAUUUGGAACCGUUUAUAAAGCGACAAAAAAACUGGAACAAAUAGAUUAUGUUGUGAAAAAAGUAAAGCUUAAAAAUGAGAAAGUCACUGAAGAAGUUAAAACGCUGGCACGUCUAGAUCAUCCAAGAAUUGUUCGAUAUUUUAAUUCCUGGGAUGGAUAUGACCAUUUUGCAGACAGCAGCUGUAGUAGUGAUUCCAGCAAUGCAUCAACUUCUUUACAAAAAUGUCUUUUUAUACAAAUGGAAUGGUGUGAAGGGGGAACUUUGAAAACAUGGAUUGAAAAAAGGAAAACCGUUAUAAAAAAUGAAAGCCUUGAAAUAUCUUCUCAACUUGCUGACGGAGUAGCAUACAUUCAUUCAAAUGGGUUGAUCCACAGAGACCUAAAAGUAAAUCGCAAGAGGAACAUUAGUGAUUCAGAUAGUAAGGUUUCUGUACCUCCUGCGGCUACACUGGGUUGCCUACAUCAUAGGUCUGAUGAGGAGAUUAUGUCGGGUAGCGUCUGA